AUGCUUUCCCUUCUCAUUGUCCUUGCCCUAGCAGUGGCCACUGUAGCUGCACCUCCCCCUCCCGUUUCACGCGCAGGAAGACCCUCGGCUCCCCCGGGUUGUCUUGCGGUAGGGAGUUCCAGCCAAUACAAGACGGUACAAUCUGCUGUCAACGCGUUGAGCACGACUAGUACCACAGCUCAGUGCAUCUUCAUCGCCAAAGGCACGUACAAAGAGCAGGUAUACGUGCAGGCACUUAAAUCCCCGUUGACCAUCUACGGCGAGACUACGGACACCUCCAGCUUCUCAGCAAACACGGUAACCAUCACGCAAGGCAAGAGCCAGGAUGACACGCCAACCAAUGACGAAACCGCCACUCUCCGCGCUCACACGGCGAAUUUGAAGGUCUACAACAUCAACCUAGUCAACACCCGUGGUUCCGGCUCACAGGCCUUAGCCUUGAGUGCCUACAGUGGCAAGCAAGGCUACUAUGGUUGUCAGUUCAAAGGCUUCCAAGACACCAUUCUUGCGCAGGAGGGUACUCAAGUCUACGCAAAGUCCUACAUUGAAGGUGCGACGGAUUUCAUCUUCGGUCAAAAGGGGCAGGCAUGGUUCCAUGCUGUGGACAUCCGCGUUCUUACCGCCUCAGUCGGCUAUAUUACGGCCAACGGCCGUGAGUCGGCUACGAACCCAUCAUACUACGUCAUCAACAAGUCGACCAUUUCUGCUGCUAGCGGAAACAACGUGAAGGCCGGUACAUACUUUCUUGGUCGCCCAUGGAGAAACUUUUCGCGCGUUGUGUUCCAGAACACAAGCAUGACGAAUGUGAUUAAUAGCGCCGGCUGGACGAUAUGGAAUACGGGAGACCCGCGCACUGACAAUGUAGAGUAUGGCGAGUUCGGCAACACGGGCGACGGUUCGAAGGGCACAAGGGCAAGCUUCUCAAAGAAGCUCAGCAAAGCAGUUGCUAUCGAGACUGUCCUGGGGAGUGACUAUAAGAGCUGGGUUGACACGGCCUAUGUCUCUUAG